AUGGAAACUAUCAUCCCACAAAAUAAUCAUAGCGACCCAUUCCUCACUUCUUAAGAUAAAUUAGGAGUUGAAAAAAUAGACCUAUCAAUAGUUGAAGGAUCUGGCUUACUCGACAUCUCGCACCAUCUUAUCCCAGAUCCAAUAGUAAUUUAAAUGACAGACGUACCUCACUGCCCAAUUCCAACUGCUAUUGGACACAAGCAAUAAAUAUUCUACGGCAUUGUUAAUGGCCGCAGAACUAUCAUUUGGAACGGAAGAAUCCACUACUAUGAGGGAUACAGAGUUUGCCAUUAAGCUUUUCCAGCAUAUCUUUCAGCAUAUCUAGGAUGUGGAGUUUUUAUCACAACUAACGCUGCUGGCUUUAUCAACCAAAACAUGGCUAUUGGAGACUUAGCAUUAAUUACUGACCAUAUAAUAUCAUAUCUUGAUAAUCUUCUGAGACAUAAUAAAGAUAUUAGUAGUGACAUCUUCAGUUCAAGUUAAAUCUAUGAUUAGGAAAUGAUUAAUUUAACAAGAGAGGCAUUUACAGAAGCGGGCCUUAAGCUUACUGAGGGUCAUUACUGUUACUUUGCUCUGCCUAAUUAUGAAUCCCCAUCUGAAAUAUAAAUUAUGCAUGAUCUUGGAGCUGCUACAGUAGGUGCUAGUACUCUUCCUGAGCAAAUAGCAUGCUAUUUGACUGGAAUGAGAAGAGUCAUCAUCUCAUCUGCUACAUCUCCUUCAUCUGGAAUGAGUAGCUAAGAAAUUUCAGGAGAGGAAGUGCUUGAUUGUGGAGUUAAAUGUGAUGAAAUGUUUAUGAACAAACCAACAAAUGCUUUGAUGAACUAAUUUAGUAAGCUCUCAACUUUAAACAACUAGAGAAUUGAAUACACCAACCUCAAGGAUGUUGCAAUGAAAAUAGCAAACAAAGUAAAAGAAAAACUGCAAGAUGUAAUCUUCGAAAGAGCAAUUUGGCUUAUGUCAGACUAACUUUACAACUAAUUUAUUGAAGAACAUAGAGAAUAAUCUGAAAAUCCAAUAUACAUAUUAAAUCUAUCAGAUAUUCAUCCAUUCAGAACUAGAUCAUAUUAAGAAGCAUAGCUUGUAUUUGGCAAAUUCAAUACUAAGUAUUGGAUUAUAAUAAGGUAAUCACAUCUUGAGGGCAUGCUGCCAAUUGAGUAUUCUGCUAUCCUCCAAGCCCUAAAGAUGUUAAAUUUGUCCUAAGCUAUUGAAGUUUAUUUUGAAGCAUCAUCAGUUUCAAAUGAGUCCCUCAAUGAUCAAGUCCACAGGAUCUCUAACUCAAGUUAUCUUAACAAAAGAUUUUAUAAGUUAACUGAAGACGAAGGAUACGAUACCUUGCCUGAACCAACAUUGGAUAGCAAUUCAACUUUAUCUUUAAUUGCAUUUGAAGGUACAAUGCUACCUUCUAAGACUGAACUCAAAUUUGCUUAAAAGGCUGGAAUCGAUUUAUACACUACCACUAACUUUAGUUUUGCAGAUCAAGCCUAGCAUUUAGGAGUUAAUGUAAGAUUAAAUGCUGUUGCCAAGAGAGAUCUUUCAAGGGGGAAAGAUAUUAAAGUUAAUUGUUUUAAUGAAGAUUCAAAGUAUGAUGAUACAGAUACUACUUAAAAACAAUCUGAAACUAUAAGAUUGCCUGAAGUGAAACUAGAUUAUGAUGCAAUUUUUAACAUCAAGCAUUCAAGGGAUGAAGUAUUUGAGACUUCUGUGAAAGUAGGAGAGAUAUUAGGUCAAGUGGACAACAUUCUAGUCUUAGAAAAAGAAACUUAUGAGGUCUUUAUGAAUGACCUGUCUGAAAACUUUACUCUUGAUAAAAAAAUUAGAUUCAAUCUACUUGAUUAUCACACUGAGGAGUCAGUUGAUGUUCUUAAAAUAACUACCAAAAACGGUGUUAGCAUUAUUGUCCUCUCUCAAACCUUGACAUAUUAGAGCAAUGUUCCAUUCUAAACAUCCCUUUUGCCAAUGAGAUUAAUAAUAAUGGGUUGCAAGGCCAAAAACUUUUUAACUUGCCCUCAUGUUUGGGGUUUAAAGCAUACUGAAGAUACCACUGCUCAAAAUUUGGGAAGCCUCUUUAUCGUUAAAGAUCAUGCCAAUAUCUCAGCUUAACCACCAGGAAUAGGCCCUAACCUUGAUGAAUUUUACGACAUCUCAACAAUGUAUGAAAAAGGAUUCGUCUAAUCAAUUCUGAACAUAUCAAACAGCAACAGUUUGGAGCACGCUUAUGGUGAGGUAUUUUGGGCUAACAAUUCCGCUAUUCCCUCAACAAGAAUCUUUGAAAACUUAGGCAGAGGUGUGUCAAACUAAAGAAUUACCUUCAAGGGUCUUAUUAAGUCUGGAGUAAAUGAGCUCAUGGCUGUACAUCACAGAAGAAAUUACUCUGAGUACAAACUUACCUCUGCCAUGGUUGGCUUAGUUACUGAUUCGUAUAUCAGACGAUAAAGUCAAACAGAGACCUACAGAAAGGGUGUUUCAAAUCUUAUCAAAGUAGUCUUUCAGUCAUUUGAGACUUUGAAAAUCCAGUGA